AUGGCUAAGGAAGUGUGUAAAAUAUUUCACGAUGUUGAUGAGUGUUUUAUGGAUGACAAGCCUGAUUUUAAUAAAAUAAAUAAAAUUGGGAAUUACAUGCAGGACUGCUAUAAUAAUAAUCCAUCAGAACCACAUAAAUGUAAAGAGAAUCUUCAAGUAAUUAUAGCUCUAUGCUCACAUCUAUUUAUUGAAUUACAAAAAAUUUCCAAUGGGCCACAGAAACGUGAAAAUAAUGAUAACCAAUAUGUUGAGUACGUUAUGAUGUGGCUAGGUUAUAGAUUAUUUCAAACAGAAACUUAUAAUUCAACAAUCUUAAGGAAUUUUUAUAAUAAUCAUUUAAUGAAAUCGGAUAUAUUUAAUAAACAUACCGAUUUAAUAAAGAAAACAGAGCAUUUAAAGGAGGUCAAUCUUUAUUAUAUGUGGCGAUAUUAUGAGUUAUUUAAAGAAGUAUGCUAUAUGACUUUGAAAUAUUCACCAAAUAAACUCGAUAUGAGAAAAAUUCAAAACGAUUUUAAAGUUUUUCAAAAGAAGUAUAAAAUUCUUUAUAAUAAUAUUAACGAAUGCAAUUCAUAUCUUAUUUUAUUAAAUAGUAUAAAAGUAGCAUAUGGCCAAUUUAAAAAAAAUCUUAUUAAGAAUGCUCCAAAUCACAAAGUAAAAGAACUACAUUCUAAUCUUAAAGAUCUUAGCCCUAGAAUAAAAUUAGAUAAAGGAGCUACAUCUGGAUUUAUUUCCCGAGGAUGCAAAAACGUAAAUUCAAAGGCUGUGAACAAACCCUUCAAACCUGGGUCAAAAGUUCCAAAAGCUAAACCAGCGGAAUCAUCACCACGUCCACGUCAAUCACAAAAACCAGAAGAGCCAGCUACAAAAUCAGCAGCAUCAGGUGAACGACCACCGACAUCAUCAUCACCAUCGCUGCAGAAAGUACUACCAGAACCACCACAGGUACCACAGCCACAAGUACAAGUACCUGUACCACCUGCAAAACCAGAAUCUACAAAACCUAAAACAGAGGGAUCAUCACCCUCAAAAUCAUCACAACCAGCGUUAUCAUCAGUACCAUCGACAGAAUUAAAACAACCAAAACUACAACCAACAUCACCAUCGCUAGAAACACAGCCAUCAGUAUCGGACACAACGACUCAAAAAGGAUCACACGAUUCUCAAGGUGUAUCAAAUGGUGGAGCUGAUCCAUUACCAAAGCAAGAGAAUACAUCAAAAGGUCCAGAUAGUGACCAACAUAAUUCACCAGGUCAAAUAAAAGAGCAAGGGGGCGAUACAACAGAUAAACCAGAGCGACCACAAGAUGGUCAACAGGAAAAUUCAGGCUCUAAACAAGAAAAUUCAAUUGAUGUGCCAAAAAAUGAUACAGAAAUGAAAACCCCCCCACUGAAUGUCCCCUCGACAAGUAUCAAAUCACCAAGUCAAGGAGCACCAGAAGAUCCAAAAAAAACGAAAACAGGGGAUAAGGAUAGUUCUAUUCUACCACAAAUAAAGGACCAACAAGGAAAAUCCUCACCAUCUGGGCUGCCUGCAAUGCCUUCAAAGGUGUUACAAAAUGAUAAUUCACACCAAUCACGUCAAAUAACGGAUUCACAUAUUCCUGGAGGUGUAUCACCUCCCUCAGUUAGUGAAUCAAAGGAUACAGACAAUAUUAAAGAACCUAAAGAAAACAAACAAGGAACUGUAGGGGAUGAACAAAAAGAUUUAGGAGGGGGAAUAGGAAAUGAAACGAAUCUCCAAAGCAAUCCAAUCAUCCAUACCCCAAUUCCAGGUACCAAUCAAGGAGGUGGAUCAGUAGGUUCGGGUAGUGGAAUAAAAGGAAAUGGAAUAACAGGAAUAGAUGAUGGAUAUGUAUUAAAAAAAUACAAAAAAAUUGUAAUUUCAAUUAUAGUUAUUCUAAUACCCAUUACUUUAACUAUUCUGUACAAGUAUUUGUCAUUUGGGCGGAGAAAGGAAUUGAAAAAAAAAACAAACAUGAAAAAGGUUAUAAAUUCAAUUGGAGGAAAAAAACAAAUACAAAUAAUUAUAAAAUCAUCUAAUCAAAAAAAGAAUACUAAAAAAUCUAUAAAUUCCGUUUAUAAGGAAAAAUCUCCAUCAUUAAAUAUAUACAAACUUAUGCAGGCUGGUCCUGUGCCGUUUAUUAAUUUAUUUUUUUUGUUGAUUUUUUUUGUUUAUAAAAGAAAAGACGAUUCUUUGGAAUUAUAA